AUGAUUCAAAAUGGCAGAAUCGCUGAUACUUUGCAUCUUGGUGGACAUAAUGCGACUCUGUUAGAAGUUGACUACACAAUACCACCAGGUUCAGUAAAGUCAGUACGACAUGCCAACUACUGGCCAGUGUCUAUUGACCUUCCUGACCGUGUACGUGAGAUCAUAUACCAUGGUGACUUACUAUCGUUUGGUAUCUACAAUGAGUACAGAUCGUUCAAAGAGUUCUUUAAACUCAACGAGCGAUAUUGUUUUGGUAAGUAUAACUACGUUUGAAAUGUUUAUUGUUGAAGUUUCAAUAUAACAAACAACCCUAUCUUUCACUAUAGUAAAACUAUACCAGAUUUACUGUACUUUAAAAUAGAUCAGUCAUGAUAAAACCCAAAAAAUAUUCAAAUCUGUUUUAGCCCUUCUAAGAAACCAAGAACUAGUGGAUCAAAUCAAAGCCCAGAACUUUGAUGCCAUCGUUUACGAACAGUACGACUUCUGCCCCAUGGUAAUCGCCCAUCUUCUGAAGAUAGAAGUCAGAAUCUGGACAGCCAGCUGCCCCAUGAUAGCUCAUCAAGUAGCCAUAUUGGGAGUACCAUUCGAAGCCAGUUAUGUCCCAGCUUCCAUGAACAACCCAACUGGGGACAAGAUGAGCUUCACGGACAGAUUCUGGAACAUCGUGAGGUUGUGGACGAUGUGCUCUGUCCAUAUCUGGUCGUGGGAUGAGUUCGAUGUUACACUGAAGAGAAUGUACGGUGAUGACUUCCCAAAAAUCGUGGACAUAGCCAAGACAGCUGAUGUCACUUUCAUUAACACUGAUGAGCUGAUUGAUUUCCCACGGCCAUUACCUCCAAAUGUUGUUCAUGUUGGAGGAUUGGGUGUAGAAGCUGGUCAUCAGGAACUAGAAGCACCAUUCUCAGAUAUUAUGACAAAAGGAGACAAAGGAGUGGUACUGUUUUCAUUGGGAUCCGUGGUAGAUACUCGGUAUCUUCCUGACGGUUAUCUGAAGAAUGCCUUUGAUACUGUAGCCAAGUUCAAAGAGUACUACUUCAUAGUUAAAUUGAGUAAAAAUGACCAAAGAAACGCUGAUUACGCUGCCAAGUACGACAAUGUCUACGUGAAUGAUUGGAUCCCACAAGCUGGAGUUUUGGGUAAUAAUAGUCAUUUUAAAACUUCAAUUUAUUAUACAUAUUUAGACAAUGUGAAUUAGAGUUACAGUCGUUAUAACAUUUUGCUUCAUAACGUUUCAUAUCAAAAAAUAAACCUCUCCUUUCAGCCCAUCCCCGCCUGAAACUUUUUGUCUCCCACGGUGGCUACAAUAGCAUCAUAGAAGCCGCUACCUUUUCCGUUCCCAUGAUGUUAAUAGGAAUCGUCUUCGACCAGCCUCGAAAUGCACGACUGGUCGAGAGAAACGGAUGGGGACUGAGUUUGGACAAGACUUUUUUGAAGCACGGUCCAGAAGAAUUCGAGCAGAAGCUUGUGGAGAUGCUGACCAACGACAAGUACAAGAAGAACGCCGAGAGAAUCAACCGGUUGAUGAGGACCAAGCCUCAGACUGGUGAACAAAAGUUCUUGUCCUACAUCAAGUUCCUGGAGGAGAACGAUGGGCAUCUGCCUGAACUCAAGUCGAUCGCCAGUGACUUGAGUACUGUAGAAUACCACAACUUAGACAUCUUGGCCGUAGCAAUCGCUUUAGUUGUUUUAGUUUUGUUAAUUGUUUUUACGGGUUUAUUGUCUGUGCUAAAGCUUUUAAAAUCUUGUUUUACAUCAAAAAGUAAGCAAGAAUAA